ACUCGCACGCGAGCUACAUGCUAAUUGGUUAAGUAACAAAGUGAAGUUUUAGUAUAACACCUCUAAGACAUAAUUAUACUAUAAAAUGCGUGGCAUAUUUUAGUGCAUCUCCCAUCCAGUUUUGGGGAACAAUUCACGUGAAUUGAAAAAUUGUAAUAUUUCAGGCAAUCACGUAGGACAGCCUAUCGGUCCAUCCUUGGGUUCCGGCGCAAUGAAUUAUGUCACUCCACGUGAGUUUCGCACCGACUUGCCUGAGACGAAAUUAGGAGUUACUGAUACAUAGUUUCUCCAGCAUCUGUCUCUGUGCAUGAAGAAAUUAGCAUCGUGAGGUCAUUGCGGCUACACAAGGCAUCAUCAUGUCGACGUUUCGGAAGAAGGUGGACAAUCGGAUCAGGGUGCAGAUUGAGAACGGCGUGGCACUGAAGCAUCGCUCCCUGUUUGUGGUGGUUGGGGACCACGGCAGAGACCAGGUCGUCAUCCUUCACCACAUGUUGUCCAAAGCCUCGGUGAAAGCUCGACCGUCUGUUCUGUGGUGCUACAAGAAAGAACUUGGGUUCAGCAACAACCGAAAGAAGCGGAUGCGGCGGCUGCAGAAGAAGAUCAAGUCCGGCACCCUGAACCUGAAGGAGGAUGACCCUUUUGAGCUGUUCAUCGCUGCCACCAACAUCCGCUACUGCUACUACAAGGAGACGCACAAGAUCCUGGGCAAUACGUAUGGCAUGUGCGUCCUGCAGGACUUUGAAGCUCUGACUCCCAAUCUCCUGGCACGUACCAUCGAGACAGUGGAGGGGGGGGGGCUCGUGGUCAUUCUGCUGCGGACCAUGAACUCCCUGAAGCAGCUUUACACAAUGACAAUGGACGUUCAUGCACGGUACAGGACUGAAGCCCACCAAGACGUUGUCGGGCGGUUCAACGAGAGGUUCAUCUUGUCCUUGGCCUCCUGCAAGACAUGUGUUGCCAUUGACGACCAGCUUAACAUCCUGCCCAUCUCCAGCCACAUUGCCAGCAUCAAACCGGUCCCACCAAAGACUCAGGAGGACAGUUUGCCUCCACGGGAGCUGGAGCUGAAAGAACUGAAAGAGUCCCUUCAGGACACGCAGCCGGUGGGGGUACUUGUGGACAGCUGUAAGACCCUAGAUCAGGCCAAGGCGGUACUCAAGUUCAUCGAGGCCAUUUCAGAGAAGACCCUUCGGAGCACUGUAGCCCUAACUGCAGCCAGGGGUCGGGGCAAGUCUGCUGCGCUGGGCCUGGCUGUUGCCGGGGCUGUGGCAUUCGGCUACUCCAACAUCUUUGUGACAUCCCCGAGCCCAGACAACCUGCACACGCUCUUCGAGUUCGUCUUUAAAGGCUUUGAUGCUCUACAGUACCAGGAGCAUCUGGACUAUGAAAUCAUCCAGUCCCUGAAUCCUGAGUUUAAUAAAGCAGUGGUCCGAGUCAACAUCUUCAAAGAGCAUCGGCAGACUAUUCAGUACAUCCACCCUGGCGAUGCCGUGAAGCUGGGCCAGGCAGAGCUGCUGGUGAUUGAUGAGGCAGCUGCCAUCCCACUCCCACUGGUGAAGAAGCUGCUGGGUCCAUACCUGGUGUUCAUGGCCUCCACCAUCAAUGGGUACGAGGGAACAGGACGCUCACUCUCGCUGAAGCUCAUCCAGCAGCUGCGCACACAGAGUGCUGACAGCCAGCAGAGCACGACUGCGGAGAACAGGAACACUAAUACAGCCCGCCUGGCUGCAGCACGCACCCUCCACGAGGUGUCCCUCCAUGAGUCGAUCCGAUAUGCACCCGGUGAUCCCGUGGAGAAGUGGCUGAAUGACCUGCUGUGCCUGGACUGCCUCAGUGUUCCACGGCUCAUCUCUGGGUGUCCCCUGCCCCAGACCUGUGACCUAUACUAUGUGAACAGAGACACGUUGUUCUGCUACCACAAAGCUUCAGAAGCCUUCCUACAGCGGCUCAUGGCACUGUAUGUGGCAUCACACUACAAGAAUUCUCCAAAUGACCUUCAGAUGCUCUCUGAUGCCCCUGCACAUCACCUGUUUUGUCUUCUGCCUCCUGUUCCUCCUACACAAAAUUCCUUGCCAGAAGUCCUAGCAGUCUUACAGGUUUGUCUGGAGGGGGAGAUCUCUCGUCAGUCUAUCCUGAACAGCCUUUCUCGAGGGAAGAAGGCUGCCGGAGACCUCAUCCCCUGGACUGUGUCAGAACAGUUCCAAGACCAUGAUUUUGGCAGCCUCUCCGGCGGGAGGGUGGUGCGCAUCGCUGUGAAUCCUGACUACCAAGGGAUGGGUUAUGGGUCACGUGCCAUGCAGCUUCUGCAGAUGUACUAUGAAGGCCAGUUUCCUGUCCUGGAUGAGGCUGUGCAGCAAGUUUCCAGCGAGAUCACCACAGUCAGCAGUGAGGCAGUCAGUCUUCUGGAGGAGGUGGUAAAGCCGAGGAAGGACCUUCCCCCACUUCUGCUGAAGCUGAACGAGAGGCCUGCGGAGCGGCUCGACUACCUCGGCGUUUCCUAUGGUCUCACAGCGCAGUUGCUCAAGUUCUGGAAGAGAGCAGGUUUCAUCCCAGUUUAUUUAAGACAAACCCCUAAUGACCUGACUGGGGAGCAUUCAUGUGUAAUGCUGAAAGAGCUCAAUAUGGAGGAGUCUACAGCACAGGGCCAGUGGCUCUCUGCCUACUGGAAGGACUUCCGCCGGCGCUUCCUCUCUCUGCUGUCCUAUCAGUUCAGCAGCUUCUCCCCAAGUCAGGCUCUCAACAUCCUGCAGAACAAGAAUGUCAAGGAUGAUGCAGUACCAGCACUCACCCAGUUGCAGCUGGUGGCUCAGUUCAGCCCCUAUGACCUAAAAAGGCUUGAGAUGUACUCAAGAAACAUGGUGGACUACCAUCUCAUCAUGGACAUGAUCCCUGGCAUCGCCAGGAUAUUCUUCCUCAAGCAGCUGGGGGAUGUUUCACUCUCUGCGGCGCAGUGUGCUCUACUGUUGGGUGUUGGACUGCAGCACAAAACCGUAGAACAGCUUGAGCAGGAGAUUGAACUGCCCUGUAGCCAGCUCAUGGGCCUCUUCAACCGGCUUGUCCGCAAGGUGGUACAGUUUUUCACCAAUGUCCAGGAGAAGGCAGUUGAAGCAGACAUGGUAGCACCUAAAGACGUCACCAUGGAACCAACAAUCCGUUCACUUGGCGAUGAUUUGGAUGAGGCAGCUAAGGAGUUCCAGGAGAAGCACAAGAAGGAGAUGGAGAAGAUCAAAGAAAUGAAUCUUACACAAUACAUGAUCCGGGGAGAUGAUGAAGAGUGGGAUGAGGUGUUGAAGGCGGGCCACACGGCAGUGGUCAGCAUAAAAAGUGACAAGAAGAGGAAGCUGGCAGGUAUGAACAAACAGGAUCAAUGGCCCAACAAGAAGCUCAAGAAGAACGGAAAGAAAAAGGGGAAAUUUUCAAAGUGAUUUCUUCACUAUUGCCAUUUGGUGUACGUUAUAGACUUGAGAACACCGUCUCUUGUCAUCGCAGUCUUUAGCAGCCAUGGCUGUGGAUCACCGCUGCUUCAGAGUGACUUGCAACCAUCUUCAGAGGGCGACAGAGUAGUUUUGGGACUCUUAAAGAUGUUGUACAGUUAUAGGAGGAGUGACAAGUGCAAAUAUUGGCUUCUUUUAUAUUUGUUUUAUAAGUUUAAAAUGUAUAAAUGGUCUGUACUUCUGUUAUAGAACAGCAGUCAUACAGAAUAAAUGCUUUGAGUUUUGCAGUUUACAAAUCCUUAUGUAUA